AUGAUUGAUGAAGGAAAAGAAAUUAAACAAUUAACAGGAAGAAAGUAUCGAAAAAGAUAUUCACAAUUUAGAGAAGAAGUAUAUAUUCUUGAUCGAGGACUUAAAGUAUUAAAUAAAAGAAGAAAUUUAAAAGGAUUUUUAUGGGGAUAUGUUGCUAUUAUAUUAGGAGUUAUUGCAACACUUCUUACACUUCUUUGGAUGGUUCAAUUAGUCCUUUGGACAAUUUUAAAAAUUUUCCCAUUUGUAGAUUGGAUUAUGCAAUGGAUGACAGGUCCAAUAGCAUUCUUUGGAGCAAUUAUUUAUGGAAUUUUUGCAGGAUAUUUGUUGUUGUGUUCAUUUAAAGCUGUUGUAUAUGUAGGAUUUAGAUUUGCAUUAGGAUUUGUAUUUUAUCCAUUUGAAGUAUCUAAUACAUAUAUGAAUGCUUUUUGUUUCAAUGGAAUUCUAUUAGUUCUUAUUGCAUUUGGAGUAAACCAAUUUAGUUCAGAAACAUUUUCUAAUUUCCUUACAGGAAGUUCAUUCCAUUCAUUUAUGGGAGAAGCAAUUACACAAUUAAGAUACGUGAAAUACAUCUACAAGUAUGCACCAUUUGUUAUGCCAAUAUUAUGUGUGUUAAUGUUAGUAUUUAUGUUAUUAUCUAAAUUACUUUGCAAAAACAAGAGAGAGAAAGAUGCAUUAGAUAUUUUAUUGGAAUAUGAAAAUAUUAAACCAACGAAUUAA